AUGCCGUCUGGUGUCUUGGUGCUGGUGCUGGCCCUGCUGGUCUUGGUGCUGGUGCGGGUGCGCUGCUGCGAGCGAGGACCGACUGAAACUGCCAGUCUGCCCGACGGCUUUCCCACGCGACGGGCCCGGACAGGGGGGCGAUGGGAGGGAUGCCUGGGCGAACCGUUGUCCUUUCCGAGCCACCGCGUCCUCGACAGGCCUGGUGACGUUGGAGACGGGGGCAAAGAGACGCUGCUCACGGUGGGCGCGCGCGCAGACACACAAUUCAAGAGGCCCAGAUUGCUUUGGCCCAACAAGCUGGUCGACUGCCUCUUUUUGUUUUCUUGCGACUGGCUGCUGCAAGAGGCGCAGGAUCGUCUUAUUGCUUUUGGACGGCAAAAAGAAAACGUCAAUGGACGAGGCGGCUGCUGCUGCUGCAUGUCAUUGUUAAUCGGGUUCGCGAGCCGUGCGCUGACUGUGUUCUUUGGGGGAGCGAGGGGUGUCAUGCGGCUUACCUAUCCCCAACUGGCCCGCGGGUUGCUGCUUGCGCUCGCUUUGUUCGCAGGCAGGUGGUGUCAAGAUCUGGAGAGGAUCAAAGUGCCGGUUCCGUCGUGCGGUCCCUCUUCAACGCUCUGGACAGGUGGGCGUCAUGGCACGUUCAAAUACACCACAUCAGUGCAUCCCAAGCAAAAGUCGAGUGCGGAGCAGCCCUAUCCUUGCGCUCAUCUCGCGCUCGCGACACUACAGCUUCACCAUGACCAGGACCAUUGCUGCAAGCAUGCCCCUCCUGGCUGUCAAGGAGCCAGGGCAGUCAUGCGACCUUGUUUGAGGCGUCUGUGGCGCUUUUGUGCACAGAUGGAGAUCCACAAGCCGGGCGACAGCACCGUCGCCAACGUAUCAAUUACUCCGACACCAGUGGGCCGCGGACAGUGUCAGCUGGUCGCCAUUGUUGCCAGCAGUGCCAGGGCGGGCUCGCUCUCCCUUCCGCACACGGCGAGCGGCCAUGUGGAAUUGGAAUUGCAUUGCAAACAUGGCCAGGACGGCGACUCAGCGCAUGGGCCAGUUUGGAAGAGCCAUGGAAGGCCGCUAGAAGGAACAAAGGCACGGUGCAUAAGACGUGUCGUAGCCGUGCAGCGGGCGACAAGUCUGCGUGCCGGCAAAGGGCCCAAGCACAAAGGUGGGUUUGAGACAGCAGAAAGAAGCAUAGCAUUCUCAAUCCCCAAGACGUCUGGCUGUGCUGCAGGGCAGCCUAUUGGCGAGGCUUGUCGAGAAUGGCGGAGGCUGGGGGACGGCCUUCUGCCUUGUGAGACGGCCGUCGACGCCCCUGAAGCUCCGUGGAAACACUUUGGGCUCACGAACGACGCGCCCUUCCCACCCCCCACGAGGCCGCCACACAGCUGUAACCCCCAGAAACACCUGCGACAGGCGGCACGUGGAGCGUUCUCGGACAAGGGCACGAUGGCUACGCUGGCUGAAUCUCCCACCGACAUUUCAAAACAUUUGGGCCAUUCGUGGACUGGCACUGGGCUGCUUGGGGCGCUCGGUAUGCUUCCGCUAGAUCCGUCUGUGCUUGCGCGUCCCACCCCGGCCAAAGUAUCUGCCGGGGCCCACCAGUCCCAGCCUCACUUUGUGCACCACCCGCACGCACACGACAUGCCACCACCUACUACCCUGCAUUGCGACAAUGCCCAUCACAUCACUCACAAAAGCACCACAAACAAGCCCAUCCCCAACUGCGAUUGUCGCUGA